AGUAGUCAGGUAUUCAACAUACCGUCAGAGCGAACCAUUAAUGGCUUUCUCCUUCCUCUCUUUCCUCUUCUUGGUUUUUUUCUCUCCACUCUUUUCCACAGCAACAACUCUCCAAAGUAAAUCUCUCUUUAGAUCACAUCUCACUACUCAACUAGACUCUUCUUCCAACAACAACAAUAAUGCCACCCCAACAACCUUUUUCGAAGUCACCAAACCUAUAAAUCUCCCAAAAACCAAACCUUUCACAUAUCUAAUCCUUCAACAUGACUUUGGUUACACAUAUGGUAAACCCCCUGUUCUUGCAAACUACACACCCCCUUCAAAUUUCCCAAAUGGGAAAUUUUCCAAGAUUGUGUUAGAAUGGAAAGCAACAUGUAAAGGAAGACAAUUUGAUAGAAUUUUUGGGGUUUGGUUAAGUGGGGUUGAGAUUUUGAGAAGUUGUACGGCUGAACCAAGGUCUAAUGGGAUUAUUUGGACUGUUAAGAAAGAUAUUACAAGGUAUUAUUCUUUACUUAUGACAAAUCAAGAACUUGCUGUUUAUAUGGGGAACUUAGUGGAUAGUACUUAUACUGGUGUAUAUCAUGUGAAACUAUUUAUUCACUUUUAUCCUGUUGAAGAAAUAUAUAGUGAUGGUCAGAAGAAUCUGGAAUACUUUCAGAAGGCAUUUGAUAAUGGAGCUGAUUUGAUUUUACCAAUUUCAAGAAAUAUGCCGUUAAAUGAUGGUUUGUGGUUUGAGAUUGAGAAUUCUACUGAUGUUGUGUCAAAGGAGUUUAAAAUUUCUCAAAAUGCUUAUAGGGCUGUACUGGAAAUUUAUGUUUCAUUUCACGAGAAUGAUGAGUUUUGGUAUAGUAAUCCACCAAACGAUUAUAUUCGCGCGAAUAACCUUACUGGUACCCCGGGAAAUGGAGCAUUUAGGGAAGUAGUAGUUAGUGUGGAUGAUCUUGUAGUUGGUUCAGUUUGGCCUUUUACUGUGAUUUAUACCGGGGGUGUAAAUCCCCUCUUGUGGAGACCCAUAAGUGGAAUUGGUUCGUUUGAUCUUCCUUCGUAUGGUAUUGAAAUUACGCCAUUGUUAGGGAAGAUUUUAGAUGGAAAUGAACAUAAGAUUUCGUUCAGUGUCACGAAUGCUCUUAAUGUGUGGUAUAUCGAUGCAAAUUUGCAUCUUUGGUUGGAUGAGAAGAGUAUAAAGACAGAAGGGGUGUUAUUGAAAUACAAUAGUCUGCCCCUUUCCUUUUCUCUUGUGACAAAUUUUACGGGUAUUGAUGGAUCUUUCCUCACAAACGCUAGUAGAUCGAUCACAUUGACAGGAUGGGUAAAGUCGUCUUACGGGAAUAUCACUACUAAGUCAGCUCAAGGUUUAAGUUAUAGUAACUAUAUGGUGGCGGGAAAUGAAGGAAACUUGCAAUUGGUGGAUCAGAUUAUUCACUUCAACGAUACUGUUGAUUUCAUGAUGGCAUCUUCUUCUGUCAAGUCUCUUGAGUCCUUUAAAAAGUUUACGCUUUUCUUGUAUUCUGACAAUGUAGACAAAGAAGAUGAAAGCUAUGCCUCAAUCUCGAAUGUUACGUUGGGAUUUCAUGAUCAGAGGGUAAAGACUUCCAAGUAUGGAUCCUUAGCGAGUUCUAUUGAGAAUAUGCAAAAAGCACAGGGCUAUAUGCUUGUAAAGGGCCGGUUGGUAGUCAGCGGGAUUGGGAGUACCCAACAAGUUUACAAAUAUAAGGACAAUGAAUGCUUAUACUCCAGGAACAUAAGCAGCUCAAACUACACAAUACUUCGUGAUAAAGUAAGCGAUAGUUGCCCCAGAAGCACUUUGUCUCGUCGACCUUUCAGCUUCGGUAAAUUUCAGUUUGUUCCUGCUCGAAGGGUCUCUUUGGCAUCUCAUUUUGGUGCUGUUAAAGCUUGUGUCUGACAUUUUUCCAUUUCAUUGUCUUCCACUCAUUCGCCAUAAAGAAGUUAGCAACUGUCACGGUCUUCCAAUUAUGAUCGAAAUUCAAUACUUCUGCAUUGCCUCUUAUGUUCUUGCUUUUGUUCGGGUUCCACUUUGUACAAUAAGAAACAAGCAUCAAACACUAGCAUCACCUUGGCAUUUGUGUUGCUCCGUAUUCCAAGACUAAACUUAACUGGAACUUUCACCAAUGUUGUUUCCAGGGAGAAUGAUAUAUAAAAUGAUAUUACAUGGAUCA